AUACUUCAUUUGCCUGCAAAAAAAAAAAAAAAAUCACGAUUUGCGCAAUUUUAUUGACUUUUUAAAUGCAUUCUUUCACAAACCCGAACCAAACUGUGCUGUUGACUUGAUAGUCUUUUUUUUUUGUUCUUCUUUUCUUCUUUUUUUAUGGAGGGGGGUGGGGGCGGAGGGGGGUUCUUGCAGCCCUGAGAUCCGUCAUGGCGGACCCAGAGGAGACUUUCGGCCUGCAAGCCUCUCCCGGUGCCGGUUCCGAUUCGAGGGAGGUUCCGAGCGAGGCCAAAACCGAGAAGCCCAACGGGACGUCCGGCAAGUCGCCGUCCUCGCAAACCACCUACAUCCAGCAGGUCAAGGAAACUAUUCAGUGUGCGGGGAUGGAGGGUAUCAAAGUGUACCUGCACGAGAGGGAACUGUGGGUGAAGUUCCACGAGGUGGGCACCGAGAUGAUCAUCACCAAAGCGGGCAGGCGAAUGUUCCCCAGCUUUAAAGUGAAAGUCACCGGCCUGAACCCCAAAACAAAAUACAUCCUGCUGAUGGACGUCGUGCCCGCAGACGACCACCGAUACAAGUUUGCUGAUAACAAAUGGUCGGUGACCGGCAAGGCCGAGCCCGCCAUGCCCGGCAGGCUGUACGUGCACCCGGACUCUCCGGCCACGGGGGCCCACUGGAUGCGGCAGCUGGUCUCCUUCCAGAAGCUCAAGCUGACCAACAACCACCUGGACCCGUUCGGACACAUCAUCUUGAACUCUAUGCACAAGUACCAGCCCAGGAUCCAUAUCGUCAAGGCCGACGAGAACAACGGCUUCGGCUCCAAGAACACGGCCUUCUGCACGCACGUCUUCCCCGAGACGGCUUUCAUCGCCGUCACGUCCUACCAGAACCACAAGAUAACACAACUUAAAAUUGAGAACAACCCAUUUGCUAAAGGCUUCCGGGGAAGUGACGACAUGGAACUGCACCGGAUGUCCAGAAUGCAAAGCACCAAGGAUUACCCGGUGGUACCUCGUAGCACGGUGCGCCAACGAGUGAGCUCCAGCCAGAGUCCGUUCAACGGGGAAGCGCAGGGUCUGGCCGCCCCGAGCGCGCUGAGCUCCCAGUACUCCCAGUGCGAGAAUGGAGUGACCAGCACCUCGCAGGACUUGCUGCCCCAGUCGGGCUCCUAUCCCCUCCCCCACGAGCACGGCCCGGAGUACCACUGCAUAAAGAGGAAAGCGGCGGAGGACGAAUGCCACUCGGGCGAGCACAGCUACAAGAAAGCCUACUUGGAAAGCUCGUCCAGCGAGGACGAUCACUACUACCGCCCGGUGAGCUACGCGCAGAGCCUGGGCCUGGCCGCCGGGCCCUACCGGAGCGAGUCCAGCCAGCGGCAGGCCUGCAUGUACGCCGGCGCCUCGCAGGGCGCCGAGCCCGUUCCCAGCUUGGAGGACAUCAGCUGCAACACCUGGGCCGGGGUGUCGCCCUACGGGAGCUGCUCGGUGGCCACCAUGCAACCGAUGGAGCGGCUUCCCUACCAGCACUUCUCGGCCCACUUCACGUCGGGUUCUCUGGUGUCCAGACUCGGCGGGGUGGGGAGCCACUCCUCGCCCCAGCUGGCCGACGGUCACCACGCCGCCAUGUACCAGAGCUCCAUGACUCACCAGACUCUGGGUCGCCAGUGCAGCCCCGGCGCCGGCAUCCAGUCGCCGACCGCCGGUCUGCAGGGGAACGAGUACCUCUACACGCACGCCAUACCGCGCACGCUAUCGCCGCACCAGUACCACGCGGUUCACAGCGUCAGCAUCAUGCCAGAGUGGAACGAUAACAGCUAG